AUGACGUCCACCGAGAACCAAAGUGAAGAGGCAGCGCAACUGUCGGUCGGGACCCCGGAGUUUACUGAUCGCCCUUCUUCCUCUACAGCCUCCUUCGACUCUCCUUCGAAGCUUCGGUCGGUCGGCUCCAAUCCGUUCGCUCCCAACAAUACUCCAAUGAACUCGCCGUUCAAGGUUCAGGGACAGCCUCGCCCUCCGCACUCCGAGUUCUUCAAUCCCCAGCUUCAAAACAAGCCGACGGGGCCUGCGUUCCGCAAUCCGGCUUUUGCUACGCCACAGAAGCGCGUCGAUGAUAUGUUCUCCCCAGAUUCGAGUCCCGCCAUGACCGACAACUCCCCGAUGCCUGCCGAGACACCAGAAACAGAGCACGUCAGAGAUAGCACGGAGCUGUUCUUCACGCCAUCUCCGAUCAAGUCAUCUCCGAGCAAAUCACUUUUCGCCAGAACAUUAUUACGGAAUCAUGCUUCGGGACUCCGAGAUAAGGUUCGAAAGAGGAAGCGGUUGCUGGGCGACAAAGAUGUGGGUAGCGCUCGCCCCCGUCUGCCCCAAGACUCGGAUGAGUCCGACAGCUACUACGAGGAGGAGAAUGGCUCCCGUUCCGGGUCUAAGCACUCCAAGAAAAAAGAACCUACUCCUCAGGGAUGGUUGAACAGCUUCCUCUCCGCAAUCAGCGCCAACCCGACUGCGCCUGCGAUCUUAUCCAAAUGGCUCCAACUGGGAGUUAACAUGGUGUUGCUUGGCCUUGUGCUUUUCAUCAUCUUUUGGAUCCUUGUUCAAGUCCGCAACGAUCUGUCGCAUGCGAGUGAAAAGGCUCGAGCCGCGAUUGUCAACGAGAUGGCCAUUUGCAGCGAGAAUUACAUCAAGAAUGGAUGCUCACCGAAAGCGAGCCGACCGCCUGCUCUUGAUGGGCCGUGUAACGAAUGGGAAGCUUGCAUGAACCAAGACGCCUCGGCGGUCAUGAUGGUCCAAAUCUCCGCCAAGAAUGUGGCCGAGAUCGUGAAUGAGUUUGUAGGGGUUUUGUCAUUUAAGGCUUGGGGAUUUAUCAUGUCGCUCUUCCUGGCCGCUGUCAUCGCUAGCAAUGUUGGCUUUGGCUUCCUGCGCGAGUCGGCGAUUCCUCAACCCACCGUUCAGCCUGCCGCCCCUGUGCAAUCCCCACCAGCGGCAACAGUUGCCUCCGUGCUUGGCCCGGCAGCGAUGCAUAACCCUCAACAAGCAUACAUCUUCGCCCCUAUCGGCCAGACCCCCAAGAGUGUUCGUAAGGCAUUGUUCGCGAACGAUGUUAGCGACACCGAAAAUUCUCCCGAUUUCAAGUCUCCCAUGGCUCUGCCACAGACCCCGUCGAUCAGGAGAAGUCCAAGCAAAUUUGAAAGAGGACGGAGUCCGUCUAAGGGCUCAAGGGCAAGGAGUCCCGUCAAGGGUAUCACUUGGGCAAGCUAA